GUCACAAACGCCCCCCAGUUGUGACAUUCGGACCCUGACGGUUCAAACUCCGGGAAAGUUCUUAGUUGUCCUCCCGGUGGCCCACAACAAAACACAGUGGCGGCGCGCGCAUCCUGAACUGAGCCGCGGCCCGUCGAGUCAGAGCCGUAACGGAAGAUACUCGUGUCCUCUGAGGGUUGACAACGAUCUUAAACGGAAGAAUGGACGCCGUAGGAGAUGACGAACCGGAUCCCAUAAAGCUAAAGUCGAUCAAGAACAAUACAACAUUCACAGUGCCUCAAAGUGAUCGGUUCGGGAGCUGCAGAAGUGUUAGAGAGUUCGAGAAAUUCAACCGCAUAGGAGAAGGAACUUACGGCAUUGUGUACCGAGCCCGGGACACCAAGUCGGAUGAGAUUGUGGCGCUGAAGAAGGUGCGGAUGGACAAAGAGAAAGACGGCAUCCCCAUCAGCAGCCUCAGGGAGAUCAACCUGCUGCUGAGGCUGAGGCACUCCAACAUAGUGGAGCUGAAGGAAGUGGUCGUCGGCAGCCACCUGGAGAGUCUGUUUCUGGUGAUGAGCUACUGUGAACAGGAUCUGGCCAGUCUGCUGGAGAACAUGCAGACGCCGUUCUCUGAGGCUCAGGUGAAGUGUAUCGUCCUUCAGUUGCUCAGAGGCCUGGAGUAUCUCCACCACAACUUCAUCAUACACAGGGACCUGAAGGUGUCUAAUCUGCUGAUGACAGACAAAGGCUGCGUUAAGAUUGCUGAUUUUGGCUUGGCCAGGAUGUACGGCAUCCCCCAGCAGCCCAUGACACCAAGAGUGGUCACACUGUGGUACAGAGCUCCAGAGCUCCUCCUAGGGACCAAGAGCCAGACUACAGCUCUGGACAUGUGGGCUGUUGGCUGCAUCCUGGCGGAGCUGCUGGCUCACAAACCACUGCUGCCUGGAACCUCUGAGAUCCAGCAGGUCGACCUGAUAGUUCAGCUGCUGGGAACCCCCAAUGAAAACAUCUGGCCGGGUUUUUCUCAGCUGCCCCUCAUCAGUCAGUACAGUCUGAGGAAGCAGCCGUACAACAACCUGAAGAAUAAAUUCACCUGGCUCUCUGACGCUGGACACAGACUGCUCAACCAGCUCUUCAUGUACAACCCACAGCGCAGAGCUACUGCCAAAGAUUCUUUGGAGAGUUCCUACUUCAAAGAGAAACCUCUACCCUGCGAACCCGACCUGAUGCCAACCUUCCCCCACCAUCGCAACAAGCGUGCCGGUCCUUCGGCAGACAGCCACCCGAAACGGGUCAAAGUGUGAAGAAGAUGGCAACGAUGACACUCGUGACGACCCCGUGGUGGUGACGACAUUUUCGGGAACGGACAUUGGUUUCUGCUCACGAGGACCAGUUCAAUUGGCAUCCAUUCAAACACCGCGAAAGCCAACAGACUCCAAUGAGAGAUCAUGUGAAUAGGCCACAUUCUCUAAUGCAGAUCCAGUGGUUUGCAGCAACGUGCAGUAUUUAGAGGUUGUCAGAUUUCUUAAUAUUCGUAUUGCUGCCAUGUCUGCGCACUGAAUAAGUGAAAGUAAUGAGGACAAAGUUGCCUUGACAAAUAUGCUGAGGUCUUUUGUGUCGAGUAUUUGUCACAUUUUAGAUGUGUCUCUUCUAUUGUGAUCAUUUUGGAUUCCUAACAUCAAAACCACUGUAAAAAGGCACGACGAGUAGAAACUGAAUCGACUUGCGUGAGCUCUGCCCACAGUCCCACUCGGUCUGACGGCCUCUCUUGAGAGUUCUUUCUGCCUUUCCGACUCGAAAGAAAAGAAAACCAGAGUUUGUGGGAAAAUGAAGUGGAACGGCAGCCUUGUUGGUCCUCGCAGCCAUAAGUGAGUAUGUGUACAACCAGUUUUGUGCCCUGUUAAAGUGUCCUUGAGGUGACAUACUGAACCCCUGAACUUGCUCGCUUAUAGUUAGUUGUUAUAGGAAAGGUUUGACUUUUUUUCCAGAAAUAUGUUUAUUCGCUUUUUAUGUGAUUACAUUUUUUUUAAAGAGUUGCAUGAGAAGAUUCUGGGUUCCCACUUUUUUCUAGAGAUCAUUUUCCAGGACAUGUUCAGUGAUGAUCUAGCUGGUAUUACAGACAGCGAUCGCGCCAUACACUAAUGAAUCCCCUUUGUCUCUUAUGAAUUACAUUAACCAUUGCUGCCUGAACACCAAUAACACAAAGAGUAGACUACAAUUUUGCCUCAUGACAUAUCUAGCCUGAAAACUACCUAAAUGUACAAUUCAAAAAUUAGUUUGCUGGCAUUAUUAACUGCUGACUCUUAUCACACCAUACUUUAGCCCCUUUACUAUGAAUGUUAAGUCUUUAAGGAGACUAUUCACACCCAGUGUUAAACAUUUGAUGUCCCGUUAUGGUCCAUUUUACCUGAACAUUGCAGCAUUGCGUUUGAAGAGACAAUCCUAGCAAAGUGAAAAAGUACCGUUAGCAGGCAUUUAGCUGGUGGUUUGGGCUCUUUAAAUGCUGCCCACUAAUUAUUAUCCAACUCUCUCCACACACAUUGGAAACCAAUGCUCCUCGCUAAAGUUGAGUCUCAAAACCUUUGCAACAAAACAAGCUAGCAAGCAUGUCAACGUUUAGCAUGUGAACCAAACAUGCACACUAAUUUAACAUUGCUAUCUACGGUUGUAGAUUGUUGUUCAGAGUUUACACAACAUAACCAAAAUACUCUGAGCCACUAAAGUCCCAUUAGAAUGGUAACAUGAUCCUGAACAUAACUUAGCCCUUCCGGAUAGCAACGUUAUCUGUGAGGAGCAAAUUCUUUGCUAAAGGGAAACACAAGAUUGUCCAAGACUCGACUUUUUCCUCUCAUUUCCCAGGACAAGGAAACCCUGUUGACAUAUGUAGCGUUAGCUGAAGCCAGUUUCAGUGGCUUUGUAUACUGACAGACAGGAGUUGUAUCAAUCUUCUCAUCUAACUUUACACAAAAAAAGUGAAUCAGCAUUUUUCUCAAAAUGUCCAAGUAUUCCUUUAAGAGCCCGAGCUUCAAUGCCUAUGACGUACUGUACAUUAACAUUAGUGUAAAUCACGGAGAAGUUACCCGUUACAACAGGAGUGAUUUAGACAAGUUUACUGAUACUUGACUGCUAGAUACUGAAAAUGAAACAAUAGAGCUUCGAAAUAUGUAUAAACCAUCAGCUGAUGAACAUAAUAAACAUGUCA